GUAUGCAUGGGCUGGAGACGGGCGGGACUGCCCUCAGGGGAGCUCGGGCAGACACCCUCUAAGUGAGGUUAGAGGAGCUUCGGAGCGAACCCGUGCAGAGCGCCUGGACCAGUCAGGCUACAACUGGAUCUAGAAACAGCAUAGCUAUCUCAGGUGUAAGUCAUGACCGUGGAAGGGAUGCCACGUCCCUGGCACUUGCGAUGGCUGAUUCUAGGAGGCUGUGGUGCUGCUGUCUUAAUUAUCACUACUCUCCUGGGGGCUUCCUUUCUUCAAGUAUCAGUUGUGGUUCCUCGAGAACGCAGAGACAUCUCCUCAGCACAACAGGCCAUCUACAGAGCUGUCCAGGAGGCAACAGGGAAGCCCUGGGCCCAGCCCCAUCAGGGGUCUCCUAGAAGCCCUGCUGGAGCUCCUUUGCAGUGUGACAUUUCUCCUGAUUACCGCUUUGACUGUGCCCCAGAAAAGACCCUCAGUCAGGAGCAGUGUGAGGCCCGAGGCUGCUGCUAUGUCCCAGUGGCUCAGCAGGGAUUCUCUCAGAUAUGGAAGCCAUGGUGCUUUUUCCCACCCAGUUACCCUAGUUACAAAUUGGAGAACCUCACCACCACAAGGACAGGCUACACCGCCACCCUGACUCGUACAGUGCCUACCUUCUUCCCUAAGGACAUCCUCACCCUGCAUUUGGAGGUCUGGAUGGAGACAGAAAGCCGACUACACUUUAAAAUCAAAGAUCCUGCCAAUCACCGUUACGAGGUUCCUAUAGAAACCCCUAAAGUCAGUAACAGGGCUCCUUCUCAGCUCUACAGUGUGACAUUUGAGAACAAUCCCUUUGGUUUGGUCAUAUCUAGGAAGUCAAAUGGAAUGGUGUUGCUGAAUACAACUAUUGCUCCCCUGUUCUUUGCUGACCAGUUUCUCCAGAUUGCUACCUCUCUCCCCUCCUCAUACAUCAUUGGCCUUGGGGAACACCAGACUCCCCUAAUACUCAACACCAACUGGACCAAGAUCACCUUAUGGAACAGAGACAUAGCACCUGAGCCUACGGGUAAUCUAUAUGGUUCCCACCCUUUCUACCUAUGCCUGGAGGAUGGAGGGUUAGCUCAUGGGGUCUUUCUGCUGAACAGCAAUGCCAUGGAUGUAGUAUUACAACCAAGACCUGCCCUGACCUGGAGGGCAGUAGGAGGCGUCCUGGACUUCUACGUCUUCCUGGGACCGGAGCCAAAGAGUGUGGUUCAGCAGUACUUGGAAGUCGUUGGAUACCCAUUUAUGCCACCUUAUUGGGGCCUGGGCUUCCACCUGUGCCGAUGGGGCUACUCCUCCACCACUGUCACUCGACAGGUGGUAAAGAACAUGACAGCAGCUAACUUUCCCCUAGAUGUUCAGUGGAAUGACAUAGAUUACAUGGAUGCCAGGAGGGACUUCACUUUCAACAAGGACAACUUCUCGGACUAUUCAGCCAUGGUGCAGGAGUUUCAUCAGAGUGGCCGGCGGUACAUCAUGAUUGUGGAUCCAGCUAUCAGCAGCUCUGGUCCUCCUGGGAGCUACAGACCCUAUGAUGAAGGCCUGAAGAGAGGAGUGUUCAUCACCAAUGAGAUGGGCCAGCCUCUGAUUGGGAAGGUGUGGCCUGGGGAAACUGCUUUCCCUGAUUUCACCAACCCCCAUACCCAGGACUGGUGGUAUGACAUGGUGGAGGAGUUUCACACUCAAAUACCGUUUGAUGGCAUGUGGAUUGACAUGAACGAGCCCUCUAACUUUGUAACAGGCUCUGUGGAAGGUUGCCCCAACAAUGAUCUAGAAAAUCCUCCCUAUGUGCCAGGUGUGAUUGGAGGCACCCUCAGGGCAGGAACCAUCUGUGCCUCCAGCCAUCAAUACUUGUCUUCCCACUACAAUCUGCACACUCUGUAUGGACUGACUGAAGCCAUUGCUUCCUAUGAUGCCCUGGUGAAGAUUCGGGGGAAGCGCCCCUUUGUGAUAUCUCGAUCUACUUUUGCUAGCCAUGGCCGUUAUGCCGGUCACUGGACAGGAGAUGUGUUUAGCAGCUGGGAACAGCUGUACUAUUCUGUGCCAGAGGUGCUACUCUUUAAUUUGUAUGGGGUACCUUUGGUGGGAGCAGACAUCUGUGGCUUCUCGGGCAAUACUUCAGAAGAACUGUGUGUGCGAUGGACCCAACUGGGGGCCUUUUAUCCCUUCAUGCGGAACCACAAUAACAAAUAUAACCAGCCCCAGGAGCCAUAUGUGUUCAGUGAAGAGGCUCAGCAGGCUAUGAGGAGAGCCUUUACCUUGCGCUACGUGCUCCUGCCCUAUCUCUAUACCCUGUUCUACAAAGCUCAUUCUCGUGGAGAGACUGUGGCUCGGCCCCUAUUUUUGGAAUUUCCCUUGGACCAAAACACCUGGACACUGGACCGACAGUUCCUGUGGGGGGAAGCUCUCCUCAUUACCCCAGUACUUGAAGGUGGGAAGAUCGAAGUGAAUGGCUACUUUCCCUCAGGCACCUGGUACCCACUUUUGGAGGUACCAAUGGAGCCCCUUAAUGACCUGUCUCCUUUGUCUCCUCCUCUCCAUGGCUCAGUCAUCCAUAGCAAAGGGCAGUGGUUCACCCUGCCUGCACCACUGGAAGUGAUCAACGUUCACCUCCGGGCUGGAUAUAUCCUUCCACUGCAGGAUCCUGGCCUCACCACCACAGAGUCCCGCAAUAAACCGAUGACCUUGAUUGUGGCCUUAACUCCAAGUGGCAUGGCCCAAGGGGAGCUGUUCUGGGAUGAUGGGGAGACCCUCGGUACACUGGAAUGGGGUCACUAUACCCAAAUCAUGUUCGUGGCUUACAAUAAUGUCAUUCUGAAUGACCUGGUACAAGUGACCAGUGAGGGCACCAGCCUGAAAUUGAGAAAAGUGACUGUCUUAGGUGUGCCCAGCAGCCCCCAUCAGGUUGUCUCCAAUGGUGUCCCAGUCUUCAACUUUUCCUACGAUGCUGAUAACAAGAUCCUGGACAUCCCUGUGUCUUUGUCGGUGGGGGAACAGUUUCUCAUCAGCUGGUCCUAACUAGAGGGACACAGGUGAAUGAGUUUUCUGAGACGGGAGUGCCUAGGCAACCAGUAAGACCUGAAGACCCAGCAAAGCCAUCAGAAAAGGCCUGGCAGUAGCAAUGGCGAAGUUAGUGAGAAGCCAGUGCAGCAGCUGAGAACUGAUAGACCCUGUCUAUCAGUAGACUGACCUACAAGCUGAUGCCACACCCUCCAUGGAUGCAGAGGGAUUGCCAACGCCUUUACUACAAAGCAAACUUGGUAUGGGCUAAAAAUGGGAGAAAAGAACUCCCAGGGUCAGGAGUAUCAUGGUAACCCUCAGCUUUGUGUGUUCCCUGCAUGUGUGCCUCACUUCUAUUGUGCUUUUCAUUUUGUACCUAUUCCUCUUACAGACCACGUGAAUGCAGAGGGUCAGUGUACCCCUUGUUUGGAAUGAUGUUUUCUAAUUUUGGGCCUUGUUAUACCUUCUCAGUAAUCACCCUUUUGUAAAAGCUAAUUGCUAUCAAUUGGUUAAUUGAUAUUGGGGGACACACUGGAUCAGGGCUUAUUGAACAAUUGCUAUUACUACUCUAUUAAAUUUAAUAAAUUUAAAUUAAAUCUAUAUUUCUCUUAAAA